AUGGCACAUUACAGAGCAAGCUCAGAGGUCGAGAACUUGAUGAACGAAAGAAGCAGUAGUCGCCGGGAAAAAGAAGAAGAGGAAGAGGAAGCCAUGAAAUGGGCGGCUCUGGAGCAGCUGCAGCGUCUUCCGACGUACGAUCGGGCGAGGAAGGCCGUGUUGAGAGGGAUCACAGGAGGUUUCAAGGAGAUUGACAUGAAGGAUCUUGGCUUCGUGGAGACAAGAGAGCUGUUUGAUAGAGUGAUGGCCAUGGAUGACGAGGAUUGGCAUGGAGAGUAUCUACGGAGGCUAAAGAGUCGUUUCGAUAGAGUAUCUCUGAAUCUCCCAACGAUAGAAGUCCGAUUUGAGGAUGUGAACGUGACAGCCGAAGCGUAUGAAGGCAGCAAAGCUGUUCCCACUGUCAUGAACUCAUUCUUCAGCGUUGCAAAAGGUGUUGGAACUAAAAUCGGAGUUCUUCGGAUUCAUAAAAAGAGAAUCUCCAUUCUAAAGAAUGUUAGCGGAAUCAUCAAGCCCGGCAGGCUGACUCUACUUUUGGGACCACCGUGCUCUGGGAAGUCGACCCUACUUAAAGCAUUGUCUGGAAAGAUAGAAAGUGGACUAAAAUGUACAGGGAAAGUGACAUACAAUGGGCAUGAACUGCAUGAGUUUGUGCCUGAAAGAACUGCUGCCUACAUAGGCCAAUACGAUGUUCACUUGCCAAGACUAACAGUUCGAGAAACAUUAAAGUUUUCUGCAAAAUGCCAAGGAGUCGGCACACGCUACGAUAUGCUUGCGGAGUUACUGAGACGGGAGAAAGACUUGAAGAUCAAGCCAGAUCCUUACCUAGAUGCGCUGAUGAAGGCGUCGGUUAUGGAAGGACACAAGGAGAAUGUGGUUACAGAUUACGUUUUAAAGGUAUUAGGACUUGAGACAUGUGCUGAUACGAUCGUUGGGGAUAAUAUGCAAAGAGGCAUCUCUGGUGGGCAAAAAAAACGUGUAACAACUGGCGAGAUGUUGGUCGGACCAGUCGGAGCUUUCUUCAUGGAUAACAUAUCAGAUGGUUUAGAUAGCUCAACGACGUUUCAGAUUGUCAAGUGCAUCAAGCAAACGAUCCAUGUUUUCGAUAAGACCGCUCUUAUCUCUCUUCUCCAGCCUCCUCCAGAGACGUUCGAGCUCUUUGAUGAUCUCAUCAUUCUUGGAGAAGGCCGAAUCGUAUACCAAGGCCCUAGGGAAAACGUUCUCGACUUUUUUGAAUGUAUGGGGUUUAAGUGUCCUGAAAGAAAAGGCAUUGCUGAUUACUUGCAAGAAAUUUUAUCCAGAAAGGAUCAAGAACAAUACUGGGCUGAUCCAGAGCUGCCAUAUCAUUAUGUAUCGGCAAAACAAUUCGAGGAAGGCUUCAAAACGUACCAUCUCGGGAGAACAAUGCGGUCUCAGCUCGCAAUGCCAUUUGAUCGAUGUAAUAAUCACGGAGCAGCCUUGACAAGGACUAAAUAUGGAGCUAGCAAGUUGGAGCUACUAAAGGCAUGCUUAGCAAGAGAAUAUAUUCUAAUGCAAAGGAACAUUAGAAUCUUCGGCCUCAAGUCAUUUCAGCUCUUUUUCAAUGCCCUAAUGAUCGCAGUCGUGUUUUCGACACAAAGGGAACAUCACAACACGAUAGAGGAUGGAAUCAUCUACAUGGGAGCUAUCUAUUUGGAAGUGCAAAUGAUUGUGUUCUCAGGGUUUUUCGAGCUUCCGAUGACAAUUGAUAAGCUUCCCGUGUUCUACAAGCAACGACGUUUCAGCUUUUACCCUUCAUGGGCUUUCUCGUUACCAGCCUCAGUCAUCAACUUUCCUAUAUCUUUCGUAGAAGUGUUCGUCGUGCUUUUCAUAACUUAUUUCGCCAUUGGAUAUGAUCCAACCAUUACAUCGAUCCUUAAACAUUACUUGGUUCUAGCACUGUGUGGACAAAUGUCGUAUGGAUUUUUUCGGUGUAUCGCUGCAGUGACUCGGAAUCAUGUGGUUGCAAACACAAUGGGAUGUCUUGCUGUGAUGUGGCUGAUGACAUUCAGCGGAUAUGUGUUGUCCCGACAUCAAGUGCACCAAUGGUUAACAUGGGCGUAUUGGACAUCGCCAUUGAUGUAUAUUCAAACAGCUAUUUCGGUUAACGAAUUCCGCAGCAAUUCCUGGAAAAAUGGUCUUGGAGUAGCGGUCUUGAAGGCUCGAGGAUUUUUUGUAGAAACUUACUGGUAUUGGAUUGGAAUUUUAGCAUUGAUCAUAUCCACAUUCUUGUCCAACAUUAUAACAUCUUUGUCUCUGGCUUUUCUUAAACAGUAUGGAGUAUCCAAGGCUGCGGUUUUACCGGUUGAAUGCGAAGAAGCUGAUAGCAAUAAUACGCUAAUGGGCAGACACACUACAAGAAACAACAGGACGCAACCAUUUGACAGGGUGGUAACAAAGAAAACUCGCAAAGACAAAAAACUGCGUAUACCUUUCAAGCCAUUAUAUAUCACGUUUGAGAACAUCACAUAUUUCGUUGAUACUCCAAAGGCGAUGAAAGAAAAUGGGAUAAAAGAGGAGAAACUAGUACUACUGAAUGGACUAAGUGGUGCUUUUAGGCCCGGGGUUCUUACUGCACUUAUGGGCAUGAGUGGAGCAGGCAAAACCACUUUGAUGGAUGUUUUAGCCGGACGCAAGAACACUGGAUACAUUCAAGGAGACAUCAAUGUCUCUGGAUUCCCUAAAAAGCAGGAGAGCUUUGCUCGUGUUUCUGGAUACUGUGAACAAUUUGACAUCCAUUCUCCUCUUUUAACAGUCUAUGAGUCCCUUCUUUAUUCUGCAUGGUUGAGGUUACCCCCUAACAUCGACGCAAAUACUCGAGAGCUCUUUAUCGAAGAAGUCAUGGAACUGAUAGAGUUGGAGCCAUUGAAGGAAAUGUUGGUCGGUUAUGUGGGAAUCAGUGGGCUUUCGACGGAGCAAAGAAAGAGAAUGACAAUCGCGGUAGAGCUUGUUGCCAAUCCUUCUAUUCUUUUCAUGGAUGAGCCAACAUCUGGCUUGGAUGCAAGAGCUGCUGCCAUUGUCAUGAGGACAGUUAGAAACACUGUUGACACCGGAAGAACUGUUGUCUGCACCAUUCAUCAGCCGAGUAUCGACAUUUUUGAAUCCUUUGAUGAGCUUUUCUUGUUGGCUAGGGGAGGAGAAGAGAUCUAUGUCGGUCCAAUUGGCCACCAUUCCUCACAACUAAUUGAAUACUUUGAGGGAAUUAGAGGAGUAGAAAAAAUCAAGGAAGGCUACAAUCCAGCAACAUGGGCCCUUGAAGUGACAACAAGGACACAGGAAGAUAUUCUUGGUAUCAGAUUUGCUCAAGUAUACAAAAACUCAAACCUCUACAAGAGAAACAAAGAGCUAAUUGAGGAAUUGAACAGAGUUCCUCCUCAUGAACAAGACAUUCAUUUCUCAGCAAAGUAUUCACAAUCCUACCUCACUCAGUUCAAAGCUUGCCUGUGGAAGCAACACAAAUCAUAUUGGAGAAACGUUCCUUACAAUGCUGUGCGUCUCUGCUUCGCUGCCGCGGUUGGAGUCAUGUAUGGAGUCAUUUUCUGGAGCCUUGGCAAAAGAAAGGGAACAAGAGAAGAUAUCUUUAACAGUGUAGGCGCUAUGAAUAUCGUUGUUAGCUUCCUAGGCUCACAAAGUGCAUCUACUGUGCGUCCUGUAGCAAUCGCUGAGCGUACAGUCUUUUACCGAGAGACCGUUGCUGGCAUGUACUCUGCUCUACCUUAUGCAUUUUCACAGGUGGUAAUCGAGAUUCCAUACACAAUGGCACAAGCUUGCAUCUACGCAGUGAUCGUCUAUGGGAUGAUUGGAUACGAAUGGACAGCUUCCAAAUUUUUGCUGUACACAUUCUUUACAUUCAUUGCCAUCCUCUACUAUAUUUACACCGGUAUCAUGCUCAUGGCCGUAAGUCCUAAUCAAGAAACCGCUGCGAUUCUCAAUGGUAUCAUCUCCACAUUCUUGAACGUCUUUUCAGGAUUCACCAUUCCUCGUCCUAGAAUGCCGGUGUGGUUGAGGUGGUUCCCUUACGUGAGUCCAGCUUGGUGGGGGUUGUAUGGAUUGACGAUAUCUCAAUACGGAGAUGUGGAGACGAGGCUUGAGACGGGUGAGAAAGUUGUUGACUUCAUGAGAAACUAUUAUGGUUAUAAAAACGACUUCUUGUGGCUUGUUUCACUUGUCCUCAUUGCUUUCUGUUUGCUAUUUGUGUUUAUCUAUGCUUUCUCGGUUAGGACUCUGAAUUUCCAAAAGAGGUGA